AUGUCGGAUUCAAGAAACUACAACAUUCUUGUCCUCCCAGGAGAUGGGAUCGGUCCGGAGGUCAUGGCCGAAGCCAUAAAGGUCCUGCGAACCUUCAACACUGCCUCAGUCCAGUUCCAUCUGCAAGAAGAACUUAUUGGCGGCAUAUCUAUCGAUACCUAUGGCCAAUCCGUUACACAGCCCGUAAAAGAUGCCGCAGUUGCUGCAGACGCCGUCCUUUUCGCCGCGGUGGGGGGUCCAAAGUGGGAUCACAUCAGGCGCGGACUUGACGGCCCAGAGGGGGGUCUAUUACAGUUACGCAAGAUCAUGGAUAUCUAUGCAAACUUGCGACCGUGCUCUGUGGAAGUUCCAAGCCGCGAAAUUGCUAGGGACUUUUCACCGUUCAGACAGGAGGUGAUCGAGGGGGUCGAUUUUGUAGUCGUGCGAGAGAAUUGUGGAGGCGCCUAUUUUGGCAGAAAAGUUGAGGAGGACAAUUUACGUGCAGCGAUGGAUGAGUGGGGCUAUUCCACUAUUGAGAUUCAACGCAUUGCUCGUCUCGCUGCAGAGCUUGCCCUGCGGCAUGACCCACCAUGGCCCGUGAUUUCUCUUGACAAAGCCAAUGUCUUAGCAUCAUCACGUCUGUGGCGCCGUGUUGUCGAGGAAACCCUUUCAAUAGAGUAUCCACAGGUGAGGUUGAUCCACCAGCUCGCGGAUUCAGCAUCAUUGAUCAUGGCUACCGAGCCCCGAGUCCUCAACGGUGUGAUUCUGGCGGACAAUACCUUUGGUGAUAUGAUAUCGGACCAGGCGGGAUCACUAGUUGGAACACUAGGUGUCCUGCCCAGUGCUAGCUUGGAUGGUCUUCCUCAUCCCGGCAAGAAGGAAAAAGUUCGCGGUCUAUAUGAACCAACACAUGGCUCCGCUCCGACAAUAGCCGGCAAGAACAUCGCAAACCCAACUGCGAUGAUCCUCUGUGUGAGCCUAAUGUUUCGAUACUCUUUCAACAUGGAGAUCGAAGCGCGCCAGAUUGAAGAUGCUGUGCGAGCUGUUCUGGACAAGGGAAUUCGCACUCCUGAUCUCGGGGGCAAAUCAGGCACUAAAGAGUUUGGUGACGCCGUAGUCGCUGCACUGGAAGGGAAAUAUCAGAUCUGA